AUGGACGACUUCCUCUCGUCUGAGGCGGACGACCUCGAGCUCUCUUUCGCGUCGACCAUGUCGCUCAACUCGCCGCCUCGCGACACGCUCGACCUUGCGCCGGAAAGCGAGCGCGACAAUCAUCCGGACUACGCGCCUAUGGACAUUUCGCCCGCGCCCCCGACGCGCGUCGACAAACAACGUCCCUUCAUGGGUCGCCCGCGCGCCAUGACGAGCAACGCGAGGCUCUUCGGUCGGGACAUGAGCAACAACUCGGGCGGGAACGGUUCGGUAACGAGUCUGCAGUCUGUCGCCAAGUCGACUGGGACGAACGGGGCGAGCAAACGGCUCCAACGAGCUGCUCUGCCGUUCGAAUGGAUGGCGACGGGUGGUCAGGACGCGAACGUCGCGCCAGAGCCUCAGAACAUUCCGUCGUCCCCCGCGGCAUCCGACGCGAUGGACGUCGACUCUUCAUUUGUCUACGUUCCGUCGUCGUCGGUGCCCAGCGAUGGUCCGCUCUCCGCCGUGCCGACGAUCACCGCAUUCGACGUUAACAACAACCCGCUCGCGGUCCCGACGUCCGCUGCGCCGACGAUCAGUACCUUUGAAGACUACUUUACGCAGGUGCGCGCGUGCGACUUCGAUGGCUUCGCGGUGCCGGAUGGCACCUCCCCCGGGACGCCUGUCGAGAGCCCCUCUCAGCCGUUCUCCAAGAAACGUCGCUCGUCUUCGCCGAUGCGUGGGUCGGCCCGCCUCGCCCAUCAAAUCCUCGAGCAGGAGGCCGCCAUGGAGUCGUCGCCCGCGCCGUCGUCCCCGAUGGUGCACAAGCUGAACCGCAUGCCCAGCAUCCAGGCGCUCAGAAAGCCCAUGCUUAGCGGCCUUGGCUCGCCUCUCGAGCUGAACGCGAACAAGAAGAGGCCGAGGCGCCCCGCUCUCAGCGCGCUGAUCGCGCCUGGAGAUGGGCUCGUCGCGGGCCCACGUUCGGCGAACCCCAUCGGAGAGAAGGAGAGCAACGUGCCGGCCUCCAACCUGCCGAGGCAUGUUAUGCCCCCUGUGCGACGUGCGUUCUCGGCGAUGCUCCCCCCGUCGAUGAUGGAGCAGUCGAUGUCGUCUGAGGACGGCCAGUCGUUCGAUAGCUCUGCAGACAUGAGCUCCCCGGCGCAGGCGUACGCGAAGCGCCAGCAGGUGAAGACCAUCCGCCGCUGCGAUGGCACGGAGGACUUCCGCUCGAACACGGGUGCGACGUCGAUGGUGCGUCGCGACAGCGAGGCGAUGGUGAAGGGCCUCAGGAGGUCCGAGGUCCGCGAAGACCGGGCUACGGUUGAGCCCACUGAGAGGGACACGCCGAGGAGCAAGUACCUGAACGGCCUGGGCAGCUUUGGAGAUAAUGAAGCGCACGGGAAGAUCUUGCCCUGCCACCGCGUCCGGGAGGACGGGUUGAUGCGCAUUACUAGUAAGACGAUGAAUGCCCUUCUCGAUGGCAAAUUCGACCCGCAACUGACCACUUACCACAUAAUCGACUGCCGUUUCGACUACGAGUACAAUGGCGGGCACAUCCCUGGAGCAGUUAACAUCAACACGACCGCUGGUGUCGAGGAGUUCCUCCUCGGCGCCAGCACAGUCAGGCCGAUCGCUUCCACUAGCGGCGACGCGGGCAAGAAGACGAUCCUUGUUUUCCACUGUGAGUUUAGUGUUAAGAGAGCGCCGACUUUUGCUAAGUAUCUUCGUUCCAAGGACCGUGCGUUGAACAACCACGUCUACCCCAAGAUCCAUUACCCCGAGAUCUACAUCCUCGAGGGUGGUUACAGCCAGUACUACCAGGACGCGGGGGCUCGUUGCCAGCCCAGCGGCUACGUGAGGAUGGACGACCCCCACUUCGCUCAGUCUCGCAAGGAGGACCUAGACCAGUUCCGCAAGGGCAAGUUCGGAAGGACCAAGUCGUACGCGUACGGCGACAGCAAGCCAGUCUCGGCGCUUUCGCAGCAGCCGAAGAGGAACACCGCGCCCAGCGGCGGUCCGACUCACCUGUUUGCAGCCGCGAAUGCCGCGCGGGGCCGACGUGGAGGUAUGGGCACCAACUCCGCGUUGCAGAUGCUAGCCGAAGGUGGAAGUGCUGACCACGAAAGCGAUGGCGACGACACGGAUAUUGGUGAUAGCCCCUGCCCUCCUCCGACAAAGACGGUCACGUACAAGGCCAAGAAGGUCGGCCGGCUGGGGAGGACCGAGACCUACGACGGCGUCGUUCGCAUUCCCGUCGCCUACUGA